CGUAGAUCUUGAGCGAUGAAGAUCACGGCGAUCGUGGUGCUGAAGCCGGCCGCGGGCGCCGGGGCCUCCUCCUCGGGCGGCGGGCCGGGCUCCGAGGCCUUCGUGCUGGCCAACGCCACGGACGUCAGCCACUUCGGCUUCUUCCAGCGCGGCGCCGCGCGCGAGUUCAUCGUCUUCGUCGCCCGCACCGUCGCCCAGCGCACCCAGCCCGGCCAGCGCCAGUCCGUCCAGCACGAAGAGUACAAGGUUCACUCACACAACAGGAAUGGCCUGUGUGUGGUGGCAUUUAUGGAUGAUCACUAUCCUGUACGAAGCGCAUUUUCCCUUCUGAAUAAGGUACUUGACGAAUACCAGAAGGCUUUUGGGGACUCUUGGAAAGCUGCUACAGCAGAUUCUACUCAAGAGUGGCCUUUCUUGGCAGACGCUUUGACAAGAUUUCAGGAUCCUGCAGAGGCCGACAAGUUAACGAAAAUCCAGAGGGACUUGGAUGAAACAAAAAUCAUCCUACAUAAAACUAUAGAGAAUGUCCUCGAAAGAGGAGAGAAAUUGGAUAGCUUGGUUGAGAAAAGUUCAGACCUGAGUGCUGCUUCACAGAUGUUCUACAAGCAGGCGAAGAAAACAAACAGUUGUUGUACUAUACUGUGAAGUUUGAACUGUGAUCCUUCAGUCGUUCUUGGAAGGCCCCAG